ACAAGAAUUUCAUAAAUAACAGAUCCCAUACCAUUCAAAACUUAAAGUUGUUGUUGAACUAGGAAAAAUAUGUCCAUGCAAGUCUCAGGGGCCACACCCCAAAAUGGCAAACCAGAUGUUAUUCGCCGAACAGCAAAUUUUCAUCCGAGCGUUUGGGGAGACCGUUUCAUCAAUUACACUUCCGAGGACAAGGAGAUCCACGCCUGUAAAGUACGUGAAGUCGAAGAGCUGAAAGAAAAGGUAAGAAAUGAGCUCUUAGCCUCUGCUAGUCAUCUUUCACAACAGCUGGGUUUAAUUGAUGCACUCCAGCGCCUAGGCGUGGCUUACCACUUUGAAAGAGAAAUCGAAGAAGCUCUAGAACAUAUAUAUGCUACCUAUAAUGACAGUAAUAAUGUUGAAGAUGAUGAUAUCUACAAUGUUGCCCUUUGUUUUCGACUACUACGUCAACAAGGAUUUAAUGUUUCAUGUGAUGCUUUUAACAAGUUCAAAGUCAAAGAUGGUCAAUUCAAGGAAAGCCUAGCCAGUAACGUUAAAGGCAUGCUGGCCUUUUAUGAAGUUACACAUUUGAGGGUGCAUGGAGAAGGAAUCCUUGAUGAGGCCCUUGAGUUCACCACCACUCACCUCAAAUCCACAGUAUCUGCAAUAUGCAAUCCGUUGGCAGAACAAGUAACUCGUGCCCUAAAGCAGCCCUUGCACAAGGGCAUACCACGGCUAGAGGCUCGGCGAUACAUUUCUAUCUAUGAACAGGAUGCUUCACAUAACAAAGUUUUUCUCAUGCUUGCAAAAUUAGAUUUUGACAUGGUGCAGUCAUUGCACAAAGAGGAACUUAGCUAUAUUACUAGGUGGUGGAAAGAUUUAGAUUUUGCGAAGAAGCUACCUUUUGCAAGAGACAGAGUUGUUGAGGGUUACUUUUGGAUAGUGGCCGUCUACUUUGAGCCCCAAUACUCACUUGCUAGAAAAAUACUGACCAAAGUUAUUGCCAUGACAUCCAUUAUAGAUGAUAUAUAUGAUGUAUAUGGAACACUUGAAGAACUUGAGCCCUUCACUGAAGCAAUUGAGAGGUGGGAUAUUAGCAGCAUAGACCAACUUCCAGAUUACAUGAAAAUUUGCUAUCGUGCACUACUUGAUGUUUUUGAAGCAGUUGAGGAAGAGAUGUCCAAGCAAGGAAGAUCAUACCGUGUUAGCUACGCAAAAGAUGCAAUGAAACUUUUGGUCCGAGCCUACUUUGAUGAAGCCAAAUGGUUCCAUCAAAAUUACAUACCAACAAUGGAAGAGUAUAUGAAUCUUGCUCUAAGAACCAGUGGUUACCCUAUGCUUACAACCGUGUCUUUCCUUGGCAUGGGUGACAUCGUUACAAAAGAGGCAUUUGAUUGGAGCUUUAGAAAUCCCAAGAUUAUUACUGCUUCAUCAGUAAUUUGUAGGCUGGUGGAUGACAUGAGAUCACACAAGUUUGAACAAGAGCGAGGGCAUGCUGCCUCAGCAAUUGAAUGCUACAUGAAGCAAUAUGGUGUUACUGAACAAGUGGUCAAUGAAGAAUUCAACAAGCAAGUCUCUAAUGCAUGGAAAGAUAUUAAUGAGGAGUUAAUGAGGCCCACUGACGUUCCCAUGCCUCUCCUUAUGCCUGCUCUUAAUCUUGCACGAGUAAUAGAUGUCCUAUACAAGGAGCGUGAUGGCUACACCCAUGUUGGAAAAGAGAUGAAAGAUAAUGUCGCAUCAGUGCUAAUAGAUCCAGUAUCAAUAUGAGUGUUGAGGAAUGAAAUUCCUCAAUUCCACUUGGAGUGUCCUACUUUAUGCUCUACCAAUUAUAGUAUGUCACAAGUCUUUUUUUUUUUUUUU